UCUAGUUAAAGGGAUCACUGUGUAGGCGCCUAGUUGGUAGAGUCCAAUGUCCUCUGCCUGAUAAGUUAAGAACAGAAGGCCACGGCUUGGCGUAAAGAAAAGGAACGAUGGUCAACUUUGUAGCACUUGCGCGUGAGCACUGGGUGAACAUAUUGGUGCCCAUGGGCUUUGUGAUUGGAUGGUACCUCGACAAACAACAGGACCAGAAGUUGACAGCUUUCAGGAACAAAAGUGUUUUGUUCAGCAGGGAGCUGAAGCCUGGAGAGGAGGUGACCUGGAAGUAGACGACUCCUACCUCCUGGAAUGUGUCCUGUCAUCUGUGGUGUGAAUGACUGAUGGGUUGUCCUCAAAUAAAAUUAUUUAAUAAGACUCCUAUACCUCUGUUCUCGAAUUGUACCAAUCAGUAAUCUUUAACAUUUUGAGUUGUAUCAACCAAUAAUAAACAUGCCCUUUCUCAUCAAA